AUGACGGCCGCUCCAAAACGACAGGAUCCGAUCUCUGAAGAAGACUCUGUUCACAUCCCCAACGAAACAACAGCACCUACGAAAAAGCCCAGUCGAAAAAAAUGGUUCAUAAUUGGUGGGAUCGUGAUUCUUGUUGUCUUGGUGCUGAGUUUAACGUUGGGACUGUACUACGGACUUAAGAAAAAGGAGCACGACGUCGUUAAUGACAGUGCUGCCAAAAGUAACGCCGAUCCUCCACAACCCAGCAAUGUUCCAGACAAAGACUCGAAUGAUAGUGAUGAUAAUAAUAAUGAUAACGAUAAUAACAAUGACAAGGGCAAUGAUAAUGGUAAUAGCAAGGGAGAGAGCUCCGAUGAAAGCACGAAAAAGAAAGAAGGUCCCUUUGUUGACUUGGGUUACUCUCAAUAUGAGGGCAACGUCCUCUCCAGCGAUAUCUACGAGUAUCUAGGCAUACGUUAUGCCAAAUCCACUUCUAGUGACAUGCGCUGGAAAGCACCCGUCGCGCCAGACUCUACAACCGAAGUCUUGAAAGCUCAAAAGUACGCCCCUUUCUGCCCAGGAGUCAAUGACCGUCUUGGUUCAACUAUCGACGAAGACUGUCUCUUCGUCAACGUCUGGGCCCCAGCAAACGUAACCUCGGACUCGAAACUCCCUGUCAUGGUCUUUUUCCAAUCCGGCGGUUACAUCAGGAAUGCAUCUCCCUAUAUCAACGGUUCCGGACUCGUCACUGCUUCAAACAACAGCAUAAUCUAUGUCAACUUCAACUACCGCGUUGGCAUGUUCGGAUUUUUGGCUGGCAAGGAGAUCAAGGAGGAUGGCGACCUGAACGCCGGUCUGCUGGACCAGAGGUUUCUUCUGAAAUGGGUUCAGGAGCAUAUUCAAGAAUUCGGUGGUGACUCUGAGCGUGUCAUCCUUCACGGUCAAUCCGCUGGAGCUGGAUCAGUGGCUCUUCAACUCGCCGCCUACGGUGGUAAAGACGAGGGUCUCUUCGCGGGUGCCAUCGCCGAAUCAGUCUUUAUGCCUGGCCUGCCAGAACCCAACGAUAUUCAGUACCAAUUUGACCGAGUCGUCAACGCAACAAACUGCUCUGAAGAGGACGAUACGUUGGCGUGCCUCCGGGGAAUGGAUUCGUCAGCUCUACAAGCUCAAAACAUAAAGGCUCCUUUCGACGGACGAGACUACCGCUCCUACUUCUACUGGGCUCCCACUACCGAUGGCGACAUGUUCCCAGAUUUCCCCUCCGAACUCUACAAAAAGGGUAACUUUGCCAAGGUGCCACUGCUGACUGGCUCUUGUACCAAUGAGGGCUCCAACUAUGCCGUCAACGCAGGCAGCUCAGCCCAAUUCAUCCGAUACAUGCAAAACGAAUACCCCUAUCUCACAACCAAAGACACUGAAACCAUCUUGGAGCUUUACCCCAAGGAACCCGCACUCCCAAAGCACGAUAUCUGGUUCCCCUCAGCCUCCCGCGCAUAUGCUGAGGUCACCUUCGUCUGCCCUACCAACAACAUGCUCGACGCCUACGCUGAACACGCCGACCCCGAGACUCUCUGGUCUUAUCGCUAUAACGUUCAGAUCACGGAAUUUAUCGAGGAUGGUCUUGGUGUCCCUCACGUUGCAAACGCACCCGCAGUCUUUGGCCCCGACUACACCGCUGCCAAGGCUGGACCCAGCUAUCGCACUUACAACGCGCCCAUGAUACCUGUCGUGCAGAGUUACUGGAUCAGCUUUGUCCACAACCUCGACCCCAACAAAGAUCGAUACGAAGGAACCCCUAAGUGGGAGAACUGGGGAGACGAUCAACGCCGCCUGGUGUUUGAAUUGAACAACAACACCAUGGAGACUGUUGACCAGGGUCAGAAGGACCGUUGCCAGGCUUGGCUCGACAUGAGUGAUUCUACCAAGCAAUAA